AUGUGUUUUCAUCUUAGCGGCAGAAAGGAAAAGGGGGAUCCAUUAAACAUAGCAAUUGAUAAAAUGACCAAGAAAACAAGAGAUCUGCGAAGACAGCUUCGGAAGGCAGUAAUGGACCAUAUCUCAGACUCCUUCCUAGAGACUAAUGUUCCCCUGCUGGUUCUCAUUGAGGCAGCUAAAAGUGGAAAUGAAAAAGAGGUGAAAGAAUAUGCCCAAGUUUUUCGUGAGCACGCCAACAAAUUGGUUGAGGUAGCAAAUCUUGCUUGUUCGAUUUCAAAUAAUGAAGAAGGAGUGAAGUUAGUGCGAAUGGCAGCGACUCAGAUUGAUAGUUUGUGCCCACAGGUUAUCAAUGCUGCCCUGACAUUAGCCGCCAGACCUCAAAGCAAAGUUGCUCAAGAUAACAUGGAUGUAUUUAAAGAUCAAUGGGAGAAGCAAGUGCGAGUUCUUACAGAAGCUGUUGAUGACAUCACAUCAGUAGAUGAUUUCCUGUCUGUCUCAGAAAACCACAUACUUGAAGACGUGAAUAAGUGUGUGAUAGCGCUGCAAGAAGGAGAUGUGGAUACUUUGGACAGGACUGCGGGAGCUAUCAGGGGGCGCGCCGCUAGAGUCAUUCACAUUAUCAAUGCAGAAAUGGAAAACUACGAAGCUGGAGUUUACACUGAGAAAGUUCUUGAAGCAACCAAGUUACUGUCAGAGACUGUUAUGCCCCGUUUUGCUGAACAAGUUGAAGUCGCAAUUGAAGCACUCAGCACAAAUAUACCACAGCCGUUUGAGGAGAAUGAAUUUAUUGAUGCUUCCCGUUUGGUUUACGAUGGCGUGAGGGAUAUCAGGAAAGCAGUGCUAAUGAUAAGGACUCCCGAAGAGCUGGAGGAUGAUUCAGACUUUGAGCAAGAAGAUUAUGAUGUUAGAAGCCGCACAAGUGUACAGACCGAGGAUGACCAACUAAUUGCUGGACAAAGUGCACGAGCUAUCAUGGCUCAGCUCCCACAAGAAGAAAAGGCAAAGAUUGCUGAGCAGGUGGAAAUUUUCCAUCAAGAGAAAAGCAAGUUGGAUGCUGAAGUUGCCAAAUGGGACGACAGCGGCAAUGACAUCAUCGUGCUGGCAAAACAAAUGUGCAUGAUAAUGAUGGAAAUGACAGAUUUUACCAGAGGGAAAGGCCCACUAAAGAAUACCUCUGAUGUGAUUAAUGCUGCAAAGAAAAUUGCAGAAGCUGGUUCCCGAAUGGACAAAUUAGCACGUGCUGUUGCUGAUCAGUGCCCUGAUUCAGCAUGCAAGCAGGACCUACUGGCCUAUCUGCAGCGAAUUGCCCUCUACUGUCAUCAGCUAAACAUAUGUAGCAAGGUGAAAGCUGAGGUCCAGAACUUGGGCGGUGAACUCAUAGUUUCCGGGACUGGAGUGCAGAGCACUCUCUCUACCUUUUAUGACGUAGCAGGUGAUGUCAUAGAUGGAGGCAGGGAUAGUCAACUUUCUCUCGACCUGCUCCCCUCCUGUGCAGCUCUUUUCGGCAACGGAAGCAGGGACUCCACCAUGCUGGAUAGUGCAACCUCCUUGAUCCAAGCUGCAAAAAACCUUAUGAAUGCUGUAGUGCUUACAGUGAAAGCCUCCUACGUGGCGUCUACUAAAUAUCAGAAGGUUUAUGGUACAGCUGCUGUGAAUUCACCUGUUGUGUCGUGGAAGAUGAAGGCACCAGAAAAGAAACCUCUUGUAAAAAGAGAAAAACCUGAAGAAUAUCAAACCCGAGUAAGAAGAGGGUCUCAGAAAAAACACAUCUCUCCAGUUCAGGCCUUAAGCGAAUUUAAAGCAAUGGAUUCAUUCUAAAAAAAAUAGGCUUUCAUAUCAGGAUUUUUUUUUUUAUAAAAUGAUUGUCAUUUUGUAUGCAUACCUACUGACUUGUAUGCAUCUGUCAUGACAAAAUCUUUACGGUGUCCAUUUUGCAUGCUAUAUGACAUUUUAUUGGAAAUAAUAUGAGAUAAAACCGCAAUAAAUCAAAUUCAUAAAUGGCUGUUGAAAUAUUCCACAUAUUUUUUUUCCCUAGCUUUCUGUUUAGACAGAGGCAUAUAAUUGGCCAGUGGAUAACUAUUAGAAAAUUCUAUCUAAAAGAUAUUUUAUGCAUGCAGGAAACAUUAGACUGAGGGGUAUAUUAGGUACAUUUUAAGAGUGUAUUGGUAGACGAUUCAACUUGUAAUGCUUUUGUUUCAGUGCAAAAUAUAAUUAGCGAAUAUGCCUAAGUGUGUGGCUCCAGAUAACAAUUUUAUUAACUUUUCCAUUCCUGUUAUAGUAUGUGGCUUUUUUUUUAAAAUGAAUAUCUAUUAUCUAAUAGCCUAACCGAAAGCUUUCCCCUUUAUUGUGUAUUUUGUUCUGUAUGUUUUAAUGUGUUAUUUAACAAUUUCUAUGUUUCCAACUAAUCCCUUAAAAAAGAUGACAGUUAGCUAAGUUAAUGCUGUUUGGUGAAGUGUGAAGCACAAUAAAGUGCCUGGCAUUGCCUAUUUUCUUUUUGUUAUUUAAGAAUUUUUACAUUACCUUUUUGGUGGAAUGUGUGUCAGUUUAAAAAAAUAAAAAUAGAAUAAAAAUCCUGACAUCUUAAAUGCAAAACGUAGAUGAUUGAUAGCUUGGAAAUGAGUAUUUAUUUCACCUUUGUAUCAACUAACUAAAUAAAGUCAUUAACCCCUG